AUGCCGUCUAUUGUCAUUGACGAUGCUGAUCGGCUUCGCCAGCUGUGGACGCAGCUGGUGACCGAUGUGACUCCAUCCCACCUCCCUUCCGGUCUUUUCUCUAAGCGCGAGACUAAGUCAACCGUUGGCCGUCUCAAUGUGCCAAUGCAACUGUCUGCAAUCUAUGACUGUUGCCAGCAGUGUGAUAUCUCUCCACUGAACGUUGUCCAGGCUGCCUGGACUGCAGUCUUGCGCUCCUAUUCUGGAGCCGACAAUGUCAUGUUUGCAGGCAUUGGCAUGAAUCCACGAUCAAGCAAGCAGCAACGGACCAACACAUCUGUCUCUUUGGCUCGACUCGAGCAGGACAGCUCAGUCAUUUCUGUUCUGGACACAACCCAAGAGGAAGGUCUCCUCCAGGCCGAGUCAAUGGUGACCGUGCCUGAAGCUCUCGACAUUUUUUCAACGCUAGAGCCCAAGCCUUGCAACUCUGCCAUCUGGCUCAAAGACUCCCAGUCCAAGAGUGAACUCUCUUUGACGGACGUGGUGAAUGAGAAGACUUUUGACUAUGCCAUCCAGAUUGAUGCCUCAUUAACCCAACUGGACUUGGUCUUCCACAAACCCACCGUUUCCCGCUCUCAGGCCCAAUAUAUCGCUAGCACAUUUGCCGACUAUCUCCAAAGUGUCUGCCUUGACCCGUAUCAGACUGCAUCCACUGUGUGCCACCCCAGUGAAUUGGAUAUGAUGCAGAUUGAAGCCUGGAACCGCAUUCUCCCGAAAGGAAGUGAUGCCUGUGUCGAUCAACUCAUCGAGAGCGCCGCCGAGAAGACACCAGAUGCCCAGGCGCUAGUCGCCUGCGAUGGUGAAAUGUCAUACUCUCAGUUCAACGAAACCGCAAACAAGGUGGCUUCAUAUUUCGAGUCCGUCGGUAUCAAGCGUGGCGAUCUGGUCCCCAUCUGCUUCGAAAAAUCCAUGUGGACCAUCGUGACCAUGAUUGCGAUCUGGAAGCUGGGCGCCGCUUGGGUUCCACUAGACCCCAAGCACCCUCGACAGCGCUUGGAGACUAUCAUUGACUCAGUAGGAGCCCACACAGUGGUUGCUUCUGAGUCCAACAGGGAGUUGGUGCGGGAUAUCACCCCUCAAGUUCUUAUGCUUGACCCCUCUCAAAUCCAGUCUGCCCCGGUGGUAGAAUUCCGUUCUCGUUCACAGCCGCAUGAUACCUCCUUUGUCAUGUUCACCUCGGGCAGCACAGGCAAGCCAAAGGGUGUCGUCCAUGACCAUGCUUCCGUUUCCUCCAGUGCACUGCACCACGCAUCCGCUAUGAAUAUCUCUAAUAAUACCCGCGCCCUUCAAUUCGGCGCAUACACGUUCAUUAUCAGCACAUUUGAAAUCUUUACUACCCUAAUCUUUGGUGGAUGCCUCUGCAUUCCUUCGGACCAUGACCGCCACACAGACAUUCGUCCAGCCAUUCGGGCUUUCGAGGCAAACUGGGCAAUCUUCACCCCCAGCUUUGCUCGCUCCAUGCACCAUGAGGACAUCCCCUCCCUCGAUACCCUCCUCGUGGCCGGAGAAGCGGUGGCGCAGGAUAUCAUUGACCGAUGGGCACCAGUAGCCCAAUUAAUUAAUAUUUACGGCGCUUCCGAGUGCAGUGUCGUCAUGAUCGGGCGAAUGGUGGCCGAUACCCCUCGAAGCUGCAUUGGCAGAGCCACAGGCGGACUUUCCUGGCUUGUUGACGCCAACGAUCAUGAUCGUCUGGUCCCCAUUGGCUCUGUGGGUGAACUUGUCAUUGAAGGCCCUAUCCUGGCUCGUGGAUACCUCGCAGAUCCCGAGAAGACCCAGGCUGCAUACAUUGAAAACCCCGUAUGGGCUUCCAAGAGCGGCAUUACUCGACGAUUCUAUAAGACUGGUGACCUGGCUCGCUAUGGUGAUGAUGGUCGGGUUCACCUGAUUGGUCGCAAGGAUUUGCAGGUCAAGAUCCGCGGUCAGCGCGUUGAGUUGACCGAAAUCGAGGCACACAUGCGCGCCAUCAACAACUCUGUCAAGACUGCGGUGGCGAUGGUUCGCCCUGGUGGAAAGGCCAUGAUCGCUGCCUUCAUCUCAAACCAGAGCGGCUUUGGUCCAGAAUUCCCUCAUACUUUCUACUCUGCCCCCGAAGACAAGGCUUCCGUUGUCUCCCUGGGUGCUCACAUCACCCAGCAGCUGAGCAUGCAACUCCCUCCCUACAUGGUUCCAUCUGUAUUCCUGCCUUUGGCUUACAUGCCACUGACUGCGUCUGGAAAGACCGACCGUCGUCUCAUUGCCUCCUUCGGUGACAGCCUGACCCUGACUGAGUUGGCCGCUGUGGCUGGCAACAGCACAGUGACGAAGCGCCGUAUGCCUACCACUACUGCCGAGAUGACCCUCCGCCAAAUCUGGGCCGACAUCCUCCGCUGUCCCGUUGAUGAGAUUGGUGCCGAGGAUAACUUCUUCCACCUUGGCGGUGACUCGAUCGAGGCCAUGAACCUCACUCGCCGUUGCCGCGCCGAGGGUUUCCAACUUCAGGUUGGCGACAUUCUCGGUAAUCUCGUUCUGAGCGAUAUGGCCAAGGUCAUGACCACGGCCCGCUCCGCUGAGGCAUCUGUCACAACUCCAUUCGAGCUUCUUGGCGAAGACACUCAGGCUGUCCGCGCCAAUAUUUUGGAGGCUACCGGCUUGCCUGCCAACCUUCUCCAGGACGCUUACCCCUGCAGUCCUCUGCAGAUGGGUCUCAUGGCAUUGUCAGCCAAGAUCCCAGGCUCGUACGUCGCUCGACACACCUUGGAUCUCCCCAGCAGUGUGACCGUCUCCCGUUUCAAGGAGGUCUGGAGCAUGAUUGUGGACAACAACGACGUGCUCAGGACUCGCAUUGUCGAGACCGAUCAGUACGGAUCUGUUCAGGUUGUCAACCGGGCCCCUAUCAUGUGGGCCCAUGACACUGACUUGGCCAAGUACAUCGAACUGGACGAGAAGAUCCCAAUGCAGAUUGGAGAUGCCCUUGCACACUACGGCAUCAUCGCCGGGCCUACGAACACAUUUGUCCUGACCAUCCAUCACUCCAUCUAUGACGGUAUGUCUUUGGAAAUGAUCUUCCAAGAUCUUGUGCAGGCCUUCGAGGGUGUUGUUCCUCCUGUUCGCACCCAGUUCCGCGAUUUCAUUCAAGAAAUCGUGCAGAAGAACUCCGAUAAAGCCACCGAGGAGUACUGGCGCGCCGAGCUGUCCAAGGGUGACAUGACCACUUUCCCUUCGCUGCCUUCUGCCAGCCACCAGCCCUUGGCCAACGACUCUUUCGUGCACACCCUUCAACUUAACCGAAAGGGCCCCUCGGACUUCACCAGCGCUACCCUCAUUCGUGCUGCUUGGUCGUUGGUUCAGGCUCGCUACUGCGACUCGCCUGAGACCGUCUUUGGAUGCACCCUGAGUGGAAGAAACGCACCUGUUCCUGGUGUUGAGGACAUUGUUGGUGCUGUCAUCGCCACAGUCCCCAUCAAGGCCAAGGUGGACGGCGAGCAGCAGGUCACCGAGUGGUUGCAACAAAUCAACACGCAUUCUGUGGAGAUGACCCCAGUGCAGAACUACGGCCUGCAGAACAUUGCCCGCGUUGGAGAAGGUGCGGCGGCUGCAUGCAACUUCCAGUCACUGCUGGUCAUCCAGCCUGCUACCUCUGUUGCCGAAGACAGCAUCAUGCAGCCAUUCUCUGCUCCCCAGGCUAACUUCAGUACUGUCGCACUGACCCUGGAGUGCAGUCUAGCGGCCGAUGGUAGCAUCGAGAUCCACGUCCACUUUGACAAUGCCGUCCUGCCACGGCUUGACGUGGUGAACAUUGUUCGCCAGUUCGAGCACGUCCUCCAGCAGCUUGCUUCGGCCCCUACUGGAAAGUUGUCCGACAUUGAGAUCAUCAGUCCCCAAGACAAGGCAAACCUUGCUCAGUGGAACAGUGACCUAGCCGAGCCCGUGAACGAAUGCGUCCACCGCCUCAUCGCCCAGAACAACUUCUCCCAGCCGAACGCACCCGCCAUCUGUGCCUGGGAUGGCGAGCUGAGCUACACUGAAUUGGAAAGCUUGUCUUCCAAGCUCGCUGCCCAUCUCAUCAAUGUUGGCGUGGGCCCAGAUGUGUUCGUUCCCCUCUGUUUCGAAAAGUCGAUGUGGACCAUUGUCGCAAUGUUGGCAACCCUGAAGGCCGGUGGAGCGUUUGUGGCCAUGGACGCCUCCCAGCCAAUCAGUCGUAUGCAGAACGUGGUCAAGGAUGUCAAUGCACACGUCGUCCUCUACUCUGAGGAGCAGCUCAGCCGCGCCCCUGGCUUGGCUGCGAAGGCAAUUGCAGUCGGUCCUGGUAUGCGCGAGCUUAACACACCCCGGACACCUCCCACGCCGGUCACUCCUUCCAAUGCCGCCUACGUGAUCUUCAGUUCUGGCAGCACGGGCACACCCAAGGGCUCAGUCAUCGAGCACCGUGCUUUCUCCACCGCUGCCAUCUCCCAAAAGGAGGGCCUCCAGAUGGGCACUCGUGUCCUUCAAUUCGCAUCAUACGCCUUCGAUGCCAGCAUCCUGGAAAUUCUCUCUACCCUGGUGCAAGGAGGUUGCGUCUGUGUUCCGUCUGAGUCUGAGCGCCGUGGCAACAUCUCCGAAGCCAUCACUCGCAUGAAUGUCGACUGGGCUGUGCUGACACCCUCGUUUGUCAACACCAUUGAUCCCACCACUGUCCCAACUCUGACCACCCUCGCCCUCGCGGGUGAGGCCAUGAGCGCCGCCCACGUAGCCGCAUGGACUCCAUACGUGCGACUUGUCAACGGAUACGGGCCGUCCGAGUGUUGUGUUUGCACGACAUCCAACCGCAGAGUGCUUCCAGGAACUGCAUCGAACAACAUCGGCACUGCUGUUGGAUCCGCAAGCUGGAUCACUGAUCGCGACGACCACAACAAGCUUGCUCCCAUCGGUGCCAUCGGUGAAUUGCUCAUCGAGGGUAAUAUCUUGGCUCGUCACUACCUGAACAACCCGGAGAAGACCGAAGCUGCAUUCAUCUCCGCUCCUGCAUGGAUCCCAGGCGCCCGGUCCCAGCGCCUGUACAAGACCGGUGACCUCGUCAAGUACGCUCCUGACGGAUCCAUCCUUUUCAUCGGUCGCAAGGAUACUCAAGUCAAGAUCCGCGGCCAACGUGUCGAGCUGGGCGAGAUCGAGUACCACCUUAACCUCCCAGCUGAUGUGUCGCAGUCUGUGGUCUCGUACCCCAAGACAGGCCUCUAUGCCCAGAAGCUGGUCGGCAUCCUCGAGCUUACUUCCACCGCGGGUGACGACCUGAGCGUUGUCCCGACCGCCGAGUUCCAGCGAUCGGGCUUCCAGCUCUCUGCCUUGACCCACGGCCUCUCGGAAACCCUUCCCGUUCACAUGAUCCCGAUCAUCUGGAUCGUUGUUCGCAAGAUUCCCAGCUCAUCUUCCACCAAGAUCGACCGUAAGGUAGUGGAUCAAUGGCUCGCCAAGCUACCCUCUAACUUCGAGCCCACUCUUGGAAUCACUCGGGAAGGCCCAACAACUUCUGCUCUCCGGGCUAGCGAAGACAAGGCCCUCGCCAUCAGCAAGAAGAUUGAGAGCUUGGUCAACCGUGAGGGUAGUCCUCUUCACGGUCGCGACUUCAACAUCUCAUCCAUGGGUAUUGACUCUGUACAAGUCAUCAGCUUGGCCAGUUUCAUCAAGCAGACCUACGGUGUCAAGGUUGAUGUGUCCCGUGUUUUGGAUGGGCAGAUGACUGUCCGUGGCCUCGCCGCAUUCAUCGAUGCCGAGCUGUCUGGCACUGUUCAGGAAGCACUCCCCGCCUUCGAUGCUAUGAAGGAGGCUUCCGCUUUGGUUAACGAUAUCAUCAAGAACUCCAUGCCCCAGAAGACUGUCUUUGUCACCGGUGGAACUGGAUUCUUGGGCACUCAGAUUCUGCGCCAGCUCUGUGACCGCCCCGACGUCGGACGUGUCAUCGCGCAUGUUCGCGCCAGCAGCCCGUCCGACGCGUUCAUUCGCAUCAAGGAUGCCGCCGUCCGUGCUCAGUGGUGGUCGGACUACUACCUCACCAAGCUUGACGUUUGGUGUGGCAACUUGGCUUCCCCUAAGCUGGGUCUGAAGCCAAGGCAGUGGGCCUCUCUGAGCGGUGAGAGCCCCAACGAUGGUCUCGUCAACGGCAUCAUCCACGCCGGUGCCGCAGUGAACUGGAACGCUGGAACCGAAAUCCUGCGUGCUGCCAACGUCAACUCAACGGCGGAGCUCAUCAAGGCUGCCAUCAGCUCCCCCGCUCGUCCUCGCCUCUCCUACGUCUCCGGUGGCUCCCGCUGGAGCGUCGGAGAGAACGACCAGGAUAUCGCCAAUGAGAUCGCCCACGCCAACGGCUACGCUCAAACGAAGUACCUCUCGGAGCUGCUCGUGAAGCAAUUCGCCGCCAAGUAUCCCAACCAGUUCGCGAUCGUCAAGCCUGGCUUGAUCCUUGGAACCCCAGAGGAGGGUGUCGCCAACACCGACGACUUCGUCUGGCGGUUGGCCUCCGGCGUGGUUGACGCUUGUGCAUUCAGUGACGACCAUGCCAACGCUUGGAUGUAUGUGACCAGCAGCACCCGUGUUGCCGAGGAGACCAUCGCCCAAGUGUUCUGCCCCGCGGGCUCGAUGAAGACAGUCACCUACAUGACAGAGGGUAUCACCGAGCGUGAAUUCUGGGAGAUCUUCCACGGUGAACUCAAGUAUCCUCUGCGCAAGGUGGAUCACAACACCUGGAUGGAUACCAUGCGGAAGUCCAUCCAAAAGGACACCAGCUCGCAUCCUCUGUGGCCUGUGUCGCAGGUCUUCGAUGCAUUGCAGGGUCGCUUGGGUGGUGAGCCUUUGCAAGACGCCAGCAUUGUCUCGCCAUCCCAAAAGCAGCACGUCAAGGCUACCAUCCGCCGCAAUGUGCAAUUCCUUGUCGAGGCUGGUUUCAUUGCCAGCCCCACUGGAAAGAAGAUGAAGUACAUGGCCGAUAAGGUGUUCAAGCGGUCUGGAAAUGUGUGGGAGAAUGUCAAGAGACUGACUAUCACUGCUUGA